AUGGUAGUAGUUCCUUCUCCGCUUUUAUUCCUCUUCUUUCUUGUCAACUUAGCCUGCUCUGACAACACCCAAUUCAUCUUUCAAGGGUUUAAAGGCGCUUCCAUUAAAAAUUUGAGCCUCAAUGGUGCUUCCUUCAUCACCUCAACUGGUGCACUUCAGCUUACUAAUUCCUCCAAAGACCUCAUUGGCCGGGCGUUCUACUCAUUGCCCCUGCACAUGUUCAAGGCCAAUUCACAAACUGUUUCCUCAUUUACCACUACUUUUGUUUUUGUCACUGUUCCCCUAGACCCUGAAAAUGGUGGCGGUCAUGGACUGGCCUUCACUCUAGCUCCUUCCAAGCAUCUUCCAGGAGCUCGAUCCGGGCAGUAUCUAGGGGUUUUGGGUCCAGGAAACAAUGGUAACUCCUCAAAUCAUGUUUUUGCAGUUGAGUUCGACACUGUUAGAGGCAGCACUAUUUUCAACGACAUUGAUGCAAAUCAUGUUGGCAUCGACAUCAACAGCAUGAAUUCUACAGCAUCAAAGACAGCUUCUUAUUAUGCCAAUCACACCCACCCUAAAGAACCACUGAAAUUGGAGAGUGGGACUCCAAUUCAGGCAUGGAUAGAGUAUGAUGCAACAAAGAAGAGUGUUAAUGUGACUAUAUCGCCUUUGUUUGUGCCUAAACCAGUUAGGCCACUCUUGUCCACCCGAGUUGAUUUAUCUCAUAUUCUCAAGGAAACCAUGUAUGUAGGCUUCUCUUCAGCUACAGGCAAGCUCUCCAGCUCACAUUACAUCCUGGGGUGGAGUUUUAGGAUGAAUGAAGUGGCGGUUCCACUCAAUCCUUCACGGCUUCCUUCAUUUCUAAGAGCAAAGAAAUCAGAAAAGAGGUUGAAGUAUAAGGAUGUUGUAGAGGAUUGGGAACUUCAGUGCUCUCAUAGGUUCCCAUACAAAGACUUGUUUAUAGCCACCAAAGGUUUCAAGGACAGCGAGAUCCUUGGGUCAGGAGGAUUUGGUUGUGUGUACAAGGGAGUGUUACCUGCAACCAUAGAGGAAGUCGCGGUUAAGAAAAUCUCUCACAAUUCCAGACAAGGGAUCAGGGAGUUCAUGAUGGAGAUAGCAAGCUUAGGACGCAUGAGACACAAGCAUCGAGUACAUCUCCGUGGAUGGUGCAAGCACAAAGACGAACUCCUCCUAGUUUAUGACUUGCUGCCCAAUGGAAGCCUUGGGGACAUUCUCUUCAAUCACAACAAGUCGGGGAUUCUCAAUUGGGAGCAGCGAUUCAGGAUCUUGAAAGGCGUUGCUUCUGCACUAUUAUAUCUUCAUGAAGAAUGGGAGCAAGUGGUUGUCCAUAGAGAUGUGAAGGCCAACAAUGUGUUAGUUGAUGCAGAUAUGAACGCAAGACUGGGGGAUUUCGGGCUUGCCAGGUUGUAUGAUCAUGGGAAGGAAGCCUGCACCACACAUAUAGUAGGCACAUUAGGAUACAUGGCACCAGAAUUAUCACGAACAGGAAAGGCCACAACUCAUUGCGACGUAUUUUCUUAUGGUGCAAUGCUGCUCGAAGUAGCUUGUGGCAGGCCACCAAUUGACCCAAAUGCCUCAUCCAAUCAGGUAUUGCUGUCGGACUGGGUAAGGGAGCGCUGGGCAGCAGGCUGUAUUAUUGAGGCAGCCGAUCCCAAGCUUGACAAUGAAUAUGUAAGCGAGGAGAUGGAACUAGUCAUGAAGCUGGGGCUCAUUUGUUGUCAAAGAUGCCAGAAGCGAGGCCAACUAUGA